AUGGACGAUUAUCAAGAUUCCCUGCCUCAAGAUGAGGCCACCGACUCGGGGAGAGUCAUUCAGAGGCGGCGUCGACCCCCGCUGUCGUGUACUGAAUGCCGACGACGCAAGCUAAAGUGCGAUCGCUCACUUCCAUGCGGACAAUGUGUCCGAUCAAAGACGGCGGACUCCUGUGUCUUUGUUGGCGCACAGCCAGGAGAGGCAUCGGGGUCCGCCCAGCGCAUGUCGCCCCCCAUUUCCCGCAUGCGACUACCUAGCGGUCAAGACGAGCAAUCAGGAACCACAGGUGGCAUGUUUGUAUUCGACUCCAGAAUGGGCCCCAAGACUACUUCAAAUCGUGUGUCUAAGCGGAGCCAUCCGGAUGAGAUCUAUGAGCUCCGUCAGCGACUACGUACGUUAGAGCGUGCAUUGGCAAAGCCUGGUGCUACCCUGCAAACCCCGGAGACUUCUAUUUACGAUGCCUUCUCGGAGGUGACCACUUCUCAAAAUAGCGUCGAAGGCGCCGGUGUCGAUGAUAGGGUACGGUUCCUGCCUGAAUGCAAUUUUCGAGGCAAGAAAGGCAAGACUAGGUAUUUCGGUCGCAGCCACUACAGCACAACAGUAUCAUUUUUCCAAGAUAUUGGCACAUUUAUGCGGCGAAGCCGCAAGGACGUCAAGGACAAAGAGUAUAGCGACAUGAAAAAGUUCAAGUGUGAGAUUUGGUCGCGUGAAAGUCAGGAGCACCAGAGAGCUUUUCGAGAGCAAGCUUUCGAACUCGACAAGAUGGUGCCAUCACGAACUGUUGCCGACCGACUUCUCCAGCUGUAUCUGGACACCUUCGAGACCACUUAUCGAAUUCUGCAUGUUCCGAGUUUCCUGAAACAAUAUGCCGACUACUGGUCUGAUCCCCAGUCACCAGACAUGGCAUUUGUUGCGCAGCUAUUGGCAGUCAUGGCAGCAGGUAGCCGAUUCUAUUCGAACUCUCCAGAGCGCGACGAACGGGACACUUAUCAAAAGCCUGCAAUGAAGUGGAUCAUGGCAGUCCAGUCCUACAUUUCUUGCACUUUUGUAAGCCCUGAUAUUAACUUCAAGGUGAUCCAGACGCAGACCCUUCUCCUCGUUGCUCGACUUGCUGUUGCUAGCGAUGGCGACGUUGCUUGGGCUUCUUCGGGCUCCCUCAUUCGAUCUGCGAUGACGAUGGGACUGCACCGUAACCCUUCCUGCUUUCGUAAAGCCACCACGCCAUUUUGGUCAGAGCUUCGACGUCGGCUCUGGACAACGAUUGUGGAGAUUGAUCUGAAGAUGUCUCUUGAUCGCGGCGUUCCUCCAUCAGUGGACUUGGACGAGUGUGAUUGCGAUGCCCCAUCCAACUGGGAUGACUCCGAAUUAUACGAGAAAAUGGAGAAUAAUCCAGCUCCCUUGAGCACCGCAAGAUGCACGCGAAAUUUCUACCAAUGUUUGCUUUCAAAGACACUGGAGCUCCGAUACCGCAUCGUAAAGAAGAUUAAUACCUUACGGUUCGACUUAACAUACGACGAGACGCUGCGAAUGAGUGAAGACCUGUGCCGAUCUAUGAAAUCCGCUUCUGAUUUAUUCGAGGACAAUGCAUCUGGAAUGAAUCCUUCCGACGCGGCUCGAAACCGAUUUGCCCAAUCUCUACAUUUGUUCAUAAUGCGCAAGUUUUUACUUGCCCUCCACCGCCCUUUCUGUCUGAGCGUUGUACGACUACCGAAAUGCUCUUACUCGCGAAAGGUCUGCCUGGAAAAGUCAUUGGAGAUUCUAUCUCAGAUGGAGCUUCCUAACCCUACCGACCCGAUACUCUACCCCCAUAUAACACAGCUCGGAAGUGGUAUGUUCUGCGACGAAACCUUCCAUGCGGCUAUAACGGUUUGUGUAGAGUUAUCUCUACAAGCCCAAGAAAUGAGUCAAGCAUCUGGCCCAGCGAUGGAAGGAAUGAACACGAGCGUGCUCCUCAGCAUGGUACAAUCACAGCAAAACGUGAUGCUACAAGCAGUCGAACGCAGCCUAGAUGACUUUGGACGAAGAGUCGGGUCCGGGACCGGAAAAGGUUCCAAGCCAUACUUCUUCUUGAGCCUAAUCCUGGCCUCUGUCAAGUCUCGCAUCAAGGGAGAGGAUCCCCUUUGUAUGAUCGCCGCAGCAUCCAAACGAGCUGUUCGGGUUGGCCGGGGUAUUGUGGGCGGCCUACCGUUUAACGAGGCGUUGGCGAGUGCGGACCGACCGCCUCCACAGCCUGCCAUUCCUCUGGAUGGUCCCAUGGAGACCACUCCUCUCUCUGUGUCUUCCAUUGAUUUUGAUUUUCCUUCUUUACUGUCCGCGGACUUUGGUGAUUUUGCUCCUCUUGAUUUGGGUGGUUGGUUCGACGGUCUGGAUACCGGAGGAGCUGAGCUCUGGGACAACAACCUUUUUACAGAUCUGCCGCAAAUCUGA